AUGUAUAGGCUUAAUCUACUUCGACGAGCAAUUGCCUUAUGUUUCUUUUAUCAUGCUUUUCAAGCUAGAGGUGUUCGGUUCUUCCCUACCAUUGAAGAGGAAAAUAAUUCAUUGUCCAAAGAUUUUGUCCAUGGUUCAGCCAAACAAAUUCUCAAAAGUUUGAAGUCAAACUCCACUGAAGCACUAACUUCAGGGCAAGGUUCUAGUUCAUGGGAUGAUCCCUAUUUUGUGGCACACCUAACACAUUCUGGAGGUCCUAAUGACAACUACUAUGGCUUACAUGCCAUCAUGGAUGUGUAUGGACACGAACUAAAACAUGGCCAAUGGAGUUCGACUACUUUUUGGAUUAAUCAUGCAGGACAUGGUAAUAAAUCAAGCUAUAAUGCGAUUCAAGUUGGCUGGCAUAUUAAUCCAGAUCGCUACGGCGACUCACAUCCUCACUUCUACACCCGUUGGACGAGAGAUAAUUAUGAUGCAACCGGCUGCUACAACAUGGACUGCCCUGGUUACAUACGGGUAGAUGGCGCUGUUAUAGCUCCUGGUGAUGCUAUACAUCCAGUUUCUAAUGUCCCUAAUGGACCUAGACAAAGUAUCACUCUAAGGGUGCUAAAGGACAAAAAAAGUGGAGAUUGGUGGGUGUAUUACGGCUUCAAUAAAAUCCCGACAGGCGUGGGAUACUUCCCAAGGUCGUUGUUCAGCUACUUAGCAGAAAAGGCGGACGGAAUGCAAUUUGGUGCAUUUGUUAAAUCUAAAAAAGCACUUCCAACUCCUCCAAUGGGCAGUGGUGCCCUCCCAAAUGGUGGUAAGGGUCGCGCCGCAUCAUUCACAGACAUCAGAUUCAUUGACCAGGAUGGAAAUAGUAGACCAAUCAAGGAAGACCUACCCAUGUUUGUUACUGAUAAAAAAUGCCACUCUAUCACCCGUAUUGAUCAUGCUGUAUGCUUUUAUGGUGGUCCUGGAGGUUGUAUGAGAUAA